AUGGGUCGCUCGGGGAAGUUGCCCUCUGGUGUCUCGGCUAAGCUCAAGCGCUGGAAGAAAGGCCACAGCAGCGACAGCAACCCCGCCACUUGCCGCCACCGCCAGGCCGCCCGCAGCCGCUUCUUCAGCCGGCCUUCAGGAAAGAGUGACCUGACAGUUGAUGCUCUGAAGUUGCAUAAUGAGCUGCAGUCGGGGUCCCUGCGUGUUGUCAAAAAUGAAGCUGCUGAGACGGCCAUGGACCAAGAGAUGGAGCUGGCUGUCACCGAGAAGUCCUCUGCCACCUUCCUGAGUGGCCUCUCGGACUGCACAAACGUCACCUUCAGCAAAGUGCAGCGCUUCUGGGAGUCGAACUCUGCUGCUCACAAGGAGAUCUGUGCUGUCCUUGCUGCUGUCACUGAGGUGAUCCGCUCCCAGGGAGGGAAGGAAACAGAGACCGAGUACUUCGCUGCACUGAUGACAACAGUGGAAGCAGUGGAGACCCCGGAAUCUCUGGCCGCUGUAGCAUACCUUCUGAACCUUGUCCUGAAGCGCGUGCCCAGCCCUGUUCUUAUUAGGAAGUUCUCUGACACCUCCAAAGCCUUCAUGGACAUCAUGUCAGCCCAGGCCAACAGUGGGUCCACCUCUGCCCUCCGAUGGAUCCUCUCCUGCCUGGCCACUCUUCUGCGGAAGCAAAACCUGGAGGCCUGGAGCUACUCUGUGACCCUUCAGGUGUACCAUGGUCUGCUGAGCUUCACUGUGCAUGCCAAGCCCAAGAUCCGGAAGGCUGCCCAGCAUGGAGUGUGCUCAGUCCUCAAGGGCAGUGAGUUCAUGUUUGGUGAAAAGGCCCCUGCUCACCAUCCUGCUGCUGUUUCCACUGCCAAGUUCUGCAUCCAGCAGAUUGAGAAGUCCGGAGGCUCCAAGGAGGCCACCACCACGCUGCACAUGCUAACGCUGCUGAAGGACCUGCUGCCCAGCUUCCCAGAAGCCCAGGUCAAGGGCUGCAGUGAGACUCUUCUCAGGGUCAUGACCUUGAGCCAUGUGCUGGUCACAGCAUGUGCCAUGCAGGCCUUUCACAGCCUCUUCCAUGCCAAGCCUGGCCCGGGCACCUUGACGGCAGAGCUCAACGCCCAGAUCAUCACGGCCUUGUACGAUUAUGUCCCCAGUGAGAAUGACUUGCAGCCCCUGCUGGCCUGGCUUAAGGUCAUGGAGAAAGCCCACAUCAACCUGGUCAGGUUGCAUCGAGACCUGGGGCUGGGCCACCUGCCUCGCUUUUUUGGAACUGCGAUGACCUGCCUCCUUUCCCCUCACUUGCAAGUGGUGGCUGCGGCCACCCAGAGCCUCAAGGAGAUCCUGAAGGAAUGCGUGGCUCCCUGCAUGGCUGACAUCGGCUCUGUGACCUCUUCAGCCACAGGGCCUGCGCAGUAUGUUGCCAGGAUGUUCAGGGCAGCAGAAGAAGGCCUGACCUACAAAUUCCAUGCCGCAUGGAACUCCGUAUUGCAGCUCCUGUGUAUUUUCUUUGAGACAUGUGGGCGGCAGGCCCAUCCUGUGAUGAAAAAGUGCCUCCAGUCCCUGUGUGACCUGCGCCUGUCCCCCCACUUCCCACACACGGCCUCGCUGGACCAAGCAGUUGGAGCUGCAGUGACCAGCAUGGGACCUGAGGUGGUGCUGCAGGCUGUGCCUUUGGAAAUUGAUGGCUCUGAAGAAACUCUGGAUUUCCCACGGAGCUGGCUGCUGCCUGUCAUCAGGGACCAUGUCCGAGAAACUCGCCUUGGUUUCUUCACCACCUACUUCUUGCCCCUGGCUAACACCCUGAAGAGCAAAGCAAUGGCACUGGCCCAGGCGGGCAGCACAGUGGAGUCCAAGAUCUACGACACACUCCAGUGGCAGAUAUGGACCCUCCUGCCUGGGUUUUGCACAAGGCCCACGGACGUGGCUGCCUCCUUCAAAGGGCUGGCACGGACGCUCGGCACAGCCAUCAGCGAGCGCCCAGACCUCAGAGUCACCGUGUGCCAGGCCCUGCGCACGCUCAUCACCAAGGGCUGUGAGGCAGAGGCCGACCGUGCCGAAGUGAGCCGCUUUGCCAAGAACUUCCUGCCAAUUUUAUUCAACCUGUAUGGGCAGCCUGUUGCCAGUGGGGACACCCCAACCCCUCACCGAGCUGUGCUGGAAACAAUCAAAACUUACCUCACCAUAACUGAGCCUCAGUUGGUGAAUGGUUUCAUGGAAAAAGCCAGUGAGAAGGUGCUCGACCCUGCCAGCUCUGACUUCACCAGACUGUCUGUCCUGGACCUGAUUGUGGCCCUGGCUCCUCAUGCCGACGAAGCUGCAAUCAGCAAGCUGUACACCACCAUCCGGCCCUACCUCGAGAGUAAGGCACAUGGGGUGCAGAAGAAGGCCUACCGUGUGCUAGAGGAGGUGUGUGCCAGCCCCCAGGGCCCGUGUGCCUGCUUCGUGCAGAAUCACCUAGACGACCUGAAGAAGACCCUGCUGGACUCGCUACGGAGCACAGCCUCACCGGCCAAGAGGCCCCGUUUAAAGUGCCUCAUCCACAUUGUGAAGAAACUCUCAGCAGAGCAUGAGGAAUUCAUUGCCGCCCUCGUUCCAGAGGUGAUCCUGUGCACUAAGGAGGUGUCAGUGGGGGCCCGGAAGAACGCCUUCGCCCUUCUGGUGGAGAUGGGCCACGCUUUCCUUCGAUUUGGCUCGAAUCAGGAAGAGGCUCUGCAGCGCUACCUUGUCCUGAUCUACCCUGGCCUCGUGGGCGCUGUGACCAUGGUCAGCUGCAGCAUCCUGGCCCUGACCCACCUUCUCUUCGAGUUUAAAGGCCUCAUGGGGAGCAGCAUGGUGGAGCAGCUCCUGCAGAACGUGUGCCUGCUGCUGGCCUCCCGCACCCGCGACGUCGUCAAGUCCGCGCUGGGCUUCAUCAAGGUGGCAGUGGUGGUCAUGGACGUGGCGCACCUGGCCAAGCACGUGCAGCUUGUGAUGGAAGCCAUCGGGAAGCUUUCAGAUGACAUGCGGCGGCACUUCCGCAUGAAGCUUCGGAACCUGUUCACCAAGUUCAUCCGCAAGUUUGGAUUUGAGCUAGUGAAGGAACUGCUGCCUAGUGAGUACCACAAGGUCCUGAUAAACAUCCGGAAAGCCGAGGCCCGGACCAAGAGGCAGCGUGCCCUGAACCAGGCUGUGGCGGACGAGGAGGAAGAGGAGGAGGAGGAGGAGCCCGCCCAGGGCAAAGGGGACAGCAUGGAGGAGAUUCUGGCUGACUCGGAGGAUGAGGAAGAUGACGAGAGGCAAGAAAGGAGCCGGGGCAAGGAGCAGCGGAAGCUGGCUCGGCAGAGGAGCAGGGCGUGGCUGAAGGAGGGUGGCGGGGAUGAGCCCCUCAACUUCCUGGACCCCAAGGUGGCGCAGCGAGUCCUAGCCACACAGCCUGGAGCUGGCCGGGGCAAAAAGAAGGACCACGGCUUCAAGGUGAGCGCCGACGGCCGGCUGAUCAUCCGGGAGGAGGAUGACGAUGACCAGGUGGAGGAAGAGGAAGGCACGAAAGGGGAGGAUGAGGAGAUGAUAGACCUGAUGAAAGACGUGAGCAUCCGAAGUAGGAAAUAUCUGAAGCUUAAGCAUCGCCAGGAGGCCGAUGAGGAGGAGCUGGAGGUGCCCCCUCAGUACAAAGCUGGAGGCUCUGGCAUCCAUCGACCUUUGGCCAAGAAAUCUGCACCCGGAGCUGAGUACAAGGCCAGGAAAGCGAAGGGCGACAUGAAGAAGAAAGGUCGGCUUGACCCCUACGCCUACAUCCCCCUCAGUAAAGCCAGGCUCAACCGCAGGAAGAAGGUGAAGAUGCAGGGACAGUUCAAAGGCCUGGUAAAGGCAGCCCAGCGGGGCUCCCAGACAGGACAUAAACUGCGAAGAAAGGAUCGGAGGCCCUGA